UUCCGAGCUGCGGGCAGGAAGAGAGGCAGCGCGCCGCCUCGGCAGCCUGCGCGCGGCCCAGGCGGACCGACCAGGGACGGAAGGACAGACCGACGUCGCCGAAGCUGGAACCAUGUGAGGGCCAACCCGGGAAGGUGUCCUCGAUGAGAGCUCAGAGGAUCUGUCCCCUCACCCUCGCCUUACUCAGAAUGGAACAGAGGCGGCCCUGGCCACGGGCCCCAGAGGUUGACAGCUGGUCAGUGGUCUUACUUUCAGUGGUCUGGGUGCUGCUGGCUCCUCCGGCGGCUGGCGUGCCUCAGUUUAGCACCUUCCACUCUGAGAACCGUGACUGGACCUUCAACCACUUGACCGUCCACCGGGGAACCGGGGCUGUGUACGUGGGGGCCAUCAACAGGGUAUACAAGCUGUUGGGCAAUCUGACCAUGCAGGUGGCUCACAAGACAGGACCAGAGGAGGACAACAAGUCUUGCUACCCACCUCUCAUUGUGCAGCCCUGCAGCGAGGCGCUCACCCUCACCAACAACGUCAACAAGCUGCUCAUCAUUGACUACUCCGAGAACCGUCUGCUGGCCUGUGGAAGCCUCUACCAGGGGGUCUGCAAGCUGCUGAGGCUAGAUGACCUCUUCAUCCUGGUGGAGCCGUCCCACAAAAAGGAGCACUACUUGUCCAGCGUGAACAAGACAGGCACCAUGUACGGGGUGAUUGUGCACUCCAAAGAUGAGGAUGGCAAGCUCUUCAUUGGCACCGCCGUGGACGGAAAGCAAGAUUACUUCCCGACCCUGUCCAGCCGGAAGCUGCCCCGCGACCCUGAGUCCUCAGCCAUGCUCGACUACGAGCUACACAGUGAUUUUGUCUCCUCUCUUAUCAAGAUCCCCUCAGACACCCUGGCCCUAGUCUCCCACUUUGACAUCUACUACAUCUAUGGCUUCGCCAGCGGGGCUUUCGUCUACUUCCUCACCGUCCAGCCUGACACCCCCGAGGGCGUGGCCAUCAACUCCGCUGGUGAUCUCUUCUACACCUCACGCAUUGUGCGGCUCUGCAAGGAUGACCCCAAGUUCCACUCGUAUGUGUCCCUGCCUUUUGGCUGCACGCGGGCUGGAGUGGAAUACCGCCUCCUGCAGGCCGCUUACCUGGCCAAGCCUGGGGACUCCCUGGCCCAGGCUUUCAACAUCAGCAGGCAGGAUGACGUGCUUUUCGCCAUCUUCUCUAAAGGACAGAAGCAGUAUCACCACCCGCCUGACGACUCUGCCCUCUGUGCCUUCCCCAUCCGUGCUGUCAACCUGCAGAUCAAGGAGCGCCUUCAGUCCUGCUACCAGGGUGAGGGCAACCUGGAGCUCAACUGGCUGCUGGGGAAGGAUGUCCAAUGCACCAAGGCGCCCGUCCCCAUCGAUGACAACUUCUGUGGACUGGACAUCAACCAGCCUCUCGGAGGCUCGACUCCAGUGGAGGGCCUGACCCUGUACACCACCAGCCGUGACCGCAUGACCUCUGUGGCCUCCUAUGUCUACAAUGGCUACAGUGUGGUUUUUGUGGGGACGAAGAGCGGCAAGCUGAAGAAGAUUCGGGCAGAUGGUCCCCCCCAUGGUGGGGUCCAGUAUGAGAUGGUCUCUGUGCUCAAAGAUGGGAGCCCCAUCCUCCGGGACAUGGCUUUCUCCAUUGAUCAGCGCUACCUGUAUGUCAUGUCCGAGAGACAGGUCACCAGGGUCCCUGUGGAAUCCUGCGAGCAGUACACGACUUGUAGGGAGUGCCUGAGCUCGGGGGACCCUCACUGUGGCUGGUGCACCCUGCACAGCAUGUGCUCCCGCAGGGACAAGUGCCAGCGGGCCCGGGAACCUCAUCGAUUUGCUGCUAACAUCAGCGAGUGCCUGAGCCUUGAGGUGCAUCCCAGCAGCAUCUCAGUGUCUGAGCACAGCUGCUCGCUCAACCUCAUUGUGAGUGAUGCCCCCGACCUGUCUGCAGGAGUCGCCUGCGCCUUCGGGAACCUGACAGAGGUGGAGGGACAGGUGUCCGGGAGCAAGGUCGUCUGCAUCUCCCCUGGACCCAAGGACGUCCCUGUUAUCCCUCUGGAUCAAGACUGGUUUGGGCUAGAGUUGCAGCUGAGAUCCAGAGAGACAGGGAAGAUAUUUGUCAGCACCGAGUUCAAGUUCUACAACUGCAGCGCCCACCAACUGUGCCUGUCCUGUGUGAACAGCGCCUUCCGUUGCCAUUGGUGCAAGUACCGCAACCUCUGCACUCAUGACCCCACCACCUGUUCUUUCCAGGAGGGCCGCAUCAAUGUUUCAGAGGACUGUCCCCAGCUAGUGCCCACGGAGGAGAUCCUGAUACCCGUCGGGGAGGUAAAGCCAAUCACUCUUAAGGCCCGAAACCUACCGCAGCCUCAGUCCGGCCAGCGAGGCUAUGAGUGCGUCCUCAACAUCCAAGGGGCCAUCUACCGUGUCCCUGCCCUGCGCUUCAACAGCUCCAGCGUCCAGUGCCAGAACAGCUCGUACCAGUACGACGGGAUGGACAUCAGCAGCCUGGCCGUGGACUUUGCCGUGGUGUGGAAUGGCAAUUUCAUCAUCGACAACCCUCAGGACCUGAAAGUCCACCUCUACAAGUGUGCAGCGCAGCGCCAGAGCUGCGGCCUCUGUCUGAAGGCCGACCACAAGUUUGAGUGCGGCUGGUGCAGUGGCGAGCACAGGUGCACCCUCCGCCAGCACUGUUCCAGCCCCUCCAGCCCCUGGCUCGACUGGUCCAGUCACAAUGUCAAGUGCUCCAACCCCCAGAUCACCGAGGAGAAGACAGUGAGGCUCAGAGAAAUGGAGUAACUUGCCCAAGCUCCCACAGCUGAUGAGUGACAGAGCCAGUACUCCAGCUCAUAUUUAUUUAAUUAUAAAACCAUUUUUAAAGUCUUCACAGUUUGCCCGAAUAACAUAAAAUUUCCUUCCUUGAAUAUUCGGACCUGUCUGGGAUGGUACAGACCAGAUAGGAGCCUCUCGGUGGUGCAAGCUGAAAGGUUUGAGUCCACCCAGAGGUGCCUCAGAAGAAAGGCCUGGCAAUCUACUGCCAAAACAAAUUAGCCCUUAAAAACCCUAUGGUUGGAAGCUGGCAAAAUUGUCACGAAAGGAGAGACUAGAAGGGCUGACUCAUUAGGGGGAGAGCAAGUGGGAGUACGGAGUAAGGUGUAUAUAAACUUAUAUGUGACAGUUUGAUUUGAUUUGUAAACGUUCACUUGAAGCUCAAUAAAAGUUAAUAAAAAAAAAAAAAAACCCUAUGGAGCACAGUUCUACUCUGACAUGCAUGAGAUCACCAUGGGUUGUUAAUUAUUUUUUCUGUAGGCAAGUAGAUGCAGAUCCAUCCAGAUGGCCAUGCGUCCCUCAGGAGCGUAGCACUGGGGGAGAGUGUGUGCGCAUUCCACAUCAAGGAGGAGGCUGGUAGAGGGUGUGGACACUGCCUCUCAAAGAUCGGCCUCGUCAUCCCAUUGUAGUCUUUGAUGUGGCCGUGACUUCUACUGGAUUCCUCCUCUGUCUUUAUCUUGCCAGAAGACGAGGCUUGCAAGGGUUGUGGUGGUGCCCCUGCCCUGCCCUGAGACAGCCCCCAGGGCUCCGUGCCUUCUCUGGGAUUCUAGUGAUUUCUGGCCACUGCUGCCUGGAGAACCUGCAGGGUUGUGUAAUUCUUGCUGUGGCGGUUGUCAGUCUCCACAUCCCUGCGCAUCUGCAGUGUGAUGGAGCUUAAAUGAGGCAGGGGCUGGCCUCCAUCAGCACUUCCCACCUCCACCAACCCCAGCUGCUGCCCCUCUGACUCUCCAACAGGCCGGGGCCCCUUCCCAGCCCCAAGGCAGGCUUCGGCCCUGCUCGCUGACCUGGGACUGACAGGCUGCUCCGUUCACUGAGGACACCUAAGCUACAUGGAGGCUAAUUAGCCCCCUGAGGUAAUUAGGCUGUAAUUGAUUUCCCCAGGCGACAUAUCAGCAGGAGUCUGACGCCCCCAACAGUAGUGUCUCCUGCUGGUGUUUCUCAAGUAAAGCUCCUGAGAAAUGAGAGAGAGUCUUUAAAAAAAAAAAAAAAGGGAGAGACAAAUCCCUGCUGUGUCCCAGGCCACUCUGGGGGACAUGUGGGGGUGUCCAGGCCUGGGACUUUGCAAGACCUUCUCAGUCGCUGGUGUCUGGAGCCAUCUCCUUUCCUUCUGCAUCUUCUCUGGUCCCUGUAACAGUCAUUUUUUUUUAACUUUUCACUUUUUGAAAUAAUUUCACACUUACAAAAAGGUACAGAAAUAGUACAAAGAACUUUCAUAUACCCUUCAUCCAGGUGCUCCAAAAUUAACAUAACCCCAGUGCGAUUAUCAAAAUUAGGAAAUUAGCAUUGAUACAAUACCACCAUCUAAUACAUGUGCCUUACUCACGUUUUCCCGGUUGUCCCCUUGAUGUCCUUGUUCUACUCCAGGGUCCCAUCCAGGAUCACAUGUUACACCUUACUGUCCUGAUGCCUGAGUCUUGUAACUCCCCGUCUUCCUUUGUCUUUCAUGACUUCAACGCUUUUGAAGAGUGCUGGCCAGUUAUUUUGUAGAAUGUUUCUCAGUUUGGAUUUGGCUGAUGUUUCCUCACAAUUAAAUUCAGGUUAUGUGUUUUUGGAGCACUAAAAAAAAGUAUUUGGUAUGUGUCAAAAGGCACAAACUCCCAAUGGCCAGCCAAAUCAUAAAUAAUGUGAAUAACAAAAUAAUAAUAACAAUGGGCUAUCACCCAUAGAAUAAAAUAAGAACCCACAGCCCUUAUUGCAAGUGAGUUAAUACAGAAUGGGAGCAACAAAGCUCUCCUCACACAGGAGUGCCAUGAGUAAAUGUAGAGGAGACAUGAAAAGAGAAUAUCACCAUUUGGCAGCCUUCGUGGCAAUAAUUGCUUCAGGCAAGGAUGAUCAAUGGAUGCUAAAAUUAGUGGAAGAAAGUAUGAUGAAAACAGGAUAUUUACGUAGUCUCCCUUUUUUUUUUUUCAAGGUAUUUCCUCACAAGAUACUUCUUAAUUACAACAGAUAAAAAUAGUAGCUUUACAGUGAAGGAACCUGGUAGGCACCACCUUAACCAGGUGAUCGAAGUUAACAUCAUCAAAAACAGGAAAACCAACCUCCUGUGGCUCCUGGUAGGGUGCCCUGACAAGGGCACGGCCUCAUUUCUAUGGCAUUUUUAACCAAAAAUGCAUCAUCUGUUAAAAGUUGCCUUUUUUGUUGUUGUUAAAAGUUACUUUUAAGAAGAAUCAACUCAUUUGCUUUUCCCCGCUUUCUCAACUGAUUCCUUGACGUUGGUAUAGGUCUUUUUGCCAGUUCAACAUUUUCCACGUGUACAAUUCAGUGACACCAAUUACAUUAAUCAUAUUAUGCAACGAGCACCAGUAUCCAUCGCCAGGUUGCCACCACCAUAAAGAGAAACUCAGUGCUGCCUGCAAGGUGAUCCUUCCUGCCCGUGUAACCACUAACAGAAUCUGUCUCCAUAUACGUUUGCCUAUUUAGCCACUUCCUGUCAUAAGAGCUUCUUCUUAAACCAUGUUAAAUCAUCAGAAUUCUAUGAGGUAUAUUAUUCCUCGUCUCUAGCCUUUAUCUUCAAAAUGUGUUCCCCCAUUAGGGCAAGCCUGUACGCACACAAAGCCAUUUACUACGUAGAUCCUCCUUGAGAGCUGAGAAGAGGGCUGCAUGAUAGCCUGUGGUGGCAGAAUUUCCAAUCCUGGAAAUAGCUGGGGGCUAGAAUGGGAGCUGUGUUGCCUGUAAUCAGGGAAAUAAAUACAGUGACCUCAAAAGGGCUCUACCUUAGGAAAAGGAGUGGGCUCCAGCUUAGCUGGAUGAACAGCUGUAUUCUUCCUUAACCCCUCCCUACCCCCACUGUCUCCGUGGCAACCGAGCCCACCCCUGGAGACCCAUCUUUUAUGGCAGCUUCAUGUAGGACAAGUUGUACAGCCUAUUGAAUUUCCCAGUUUGCAUAAACUUCAGGUUAGCACCCCCUCAGGACUCACCGUCUGCUCCUUCUCAGCCGACUCGUGGUGUGAUAAUGACGUUGUCCCCCGUGGGAAGUAUCCCAGCCUGUUCCCAUUCCAGCUGUCACCCCUGGCAUCUGUGCACGUGUCACCUGUUCGACCCCAGGAACAGGACAGUAGAGAGGACUGGAAAGCCCACUAGCUGCCUGCCCACCAUGUUUCCGUUCUUCCUGGCCUGCGCUUCAGGACCUGCUGGAGCCUCAAAGAGGAGGAUCUAGGAGCCACCCGCUAAAAUGGAAGGUGCACAGAAACACUUCCCAAGGAGCAAUGAGACGGCAGGACCCAGCUGGAAGGAGAGACAGCCAAACAUACUCUCACGAAGAGGAACUUGGGAGCGGGUAUAGGGACUUUGGAACUAAUACGGCAGAGGUCUCUACUCCAAGUGAGUGUUCUGAGCAGAGGGAGAAGACAUCACUGUCCCAAAGAAAUUGAUUUACACAUUAACCAAAUGUUUAAUAAGUGAUUACUGUAUACCAUGCACUGUGCCAGGCUGGGAAACUGUCACUUGGAUGGGUGAGUCCAAUUAAGAGCUAUGGCGGCUAAUCAAAAGGUCUGCAGUUCGAAUCCACCAGGUGCUUCUUGGAAAAUCUAUGGGGCAGUUCUCCUCUGUCCUAUAGGGUUGCUGAGUCAGAAUUAACUUGAUGGCAAUGGGUUUGUUAUUUUUUCUUUGGUUUGGGUGAAGAGGCAGGGAGAUACCAGCCUCUCCCAGCAUAGCCGCAGGCUAUUUUGGAACACUGGCCACCUUGAGGGGGCUACAAACUGCCUGUAGGUCGCUCUGCUUCCUCCUAGGGUUUAGGAUGAAAACUUCUAACCUACAUCCCCGUUACAGUUGUCUCCUAUAUAGAAAGAAGACACUAGCAGGGACCUAAGCCUCCACAGCUAACUUGGAAACUCACCUCAGGCCAGAGGCAUGAAUAGACUAAAAAUAAAUCAAUAACCAAACAUCUUGUGAUUGCGUUGAUUCAGACUCAUGGCAACCCCAUGUGUUAUAGAGUAGAAUUGCUUCAUACAGUUUUCUUGGCUGUAAUCUUAACAGAAGCAGGUCAUCAGGCCUUUCUUUUGCAGUGCCACUGGGUAGGUUUGAACCACCAACUUUUAGAUAGUUGUUGUUAGGUGCCAUAGAGUCAAUAUGGACUCAUAGCGACCCUAUGCACAACAGAAUGAAACACUGCCUGGUCCCGCACCACCCUCACAAUCAUUGCUAUUGUUUGAGCCUGUUGUUGUAACCACCGUGUCGAUCCAUCUCAUCAAGGGUCUUCCUCUUCUUCACUGACCCUAUAAUUUACCAAGCAUGAUGUCCUUCCCCAGUAACUGGUCCCUCCUGAUAACAUGUCCAAAGUACAUGAGACAAAGUCUUGCCAUUCUCACUUCCAAGGAGCAUUCUCGCUGUACUUCUUCCAAGACAGAUUUGUUUGUUCUUCUGGAAGUCCAUAGUAUAUUCAAUAUUCUUUGUCAACACCAUAAUUCAAAGGCAUCAAUUCUUCUUCAAUCUUCCUUAUUCAUAGCCCAUCUUUCACAUGCAUUUGAGGUGAUUGAAAACACCAUGGUUUGGGUCAGGUGCACCUUAGUCCUCAAGGUGACAUCUUUGCUUUUCAACACUUUAAAGAGGGCUUUUACAGCGGAUUUGCCCAGAGCAAUAUGUCAUUUGGUUUCUUGAGUGCUGCUUCCAUGGGUGUUGAUUAUAUAUCCAAUUAACAUGAAAUCCUUGAAAACCUCAAUCUCCUCUCCGUUUAUCAUGAUGUUGCUUAUUGGUCCAGUUGGGAGAAUUUUUGUUUUCUUUAUGUUGAGGUAUAAUCCACACUGAAGGCUGUGGUUUUUGAUCUUCAUCAGUAAGUGCUUCAAAGUCCUCUUCACUUUCAGCAAACAAGGUUAUAUCAUCUGUAUAUUACAAAUUGUUAAUGAGUCUUCCUCCAAUCCUGAUGCCAUGUUCUUCUUCAUAUAGUCCAGCUUCUUGGGUUGUUUGCUCAGCAUAUAGAUUGAAUAAGCAUGGUGAAAGGAUACAACCCUGCUGCACACCUUUUCUGAUUUUAAAUCACACAGCAUCCCCUUGUUCGGUUCGCAGGACUGCCUCUUGGUCUAUGUACAGGUUCCAUAUUUAAGUGUUCUGGAAUUUCCAUUCUUCCCAAUGUUAUUUGUAAUUUUUUAUGAUCCACACAGUUGAAUGCCUUUGCACAGUCACUAAAACACAGCAUGAAAAACUGACAGACGAGUGGUGGUGAAGUUAGUAGUCAAGUGCAAAUCAUCUGUUCCACCCAGGCACCAUGACUGAAUUAGUCACAUUCUAAUUCUGGUUGUCUUCAUAAUAAUAGCUCUUCUUUAACAAGACUAUGCUGUACUGAGACCUCUGCACUUUGCCUACCUGCUUCUCCCAAAAACCCUGCAGGGUAGCUGUUGUUAUACUCAUUUGAAGGUUUGGGGAAUGGGGCUUAGGAAAGCAAACAAUCAGUGGCACAGCAGAGAUUCAAUAUCAAUUCCUUCUGACUCCAGAAUGUAGACUCACCCGCCCACACCAUGCUGCCUCCCUUGGUCAGAAGAAUGGAGGGGCAUUCCUUGGCUAUACACUCUCCUACCUCACCUCGCCCCAAGUCUAUUGAGAAAAAUAUCUGUUUCCAGGAUCAGAAUCCUCUGGGAACAUACCAGGAGACUCCAGUCAAACUAGGAUCUUUGGCUAUCCUUUGUUUUAAGCCUUAGAAUAGACUCCAUCUAUCUGUCCUCCUCCUCCACACGUCUAUCAGUUUGUCCUACUGUGGGGGCUUCUGUGUUGCCGUGAUGCUGGGAGUUAUUCCACCGGUAUUCAAAUAUCAUCAGGGUCACCCAUGGCAGACAGGUUUCAGCUGAGCUUCCAGACCAAGAUAGACUAGGAAGAAGGAUCCAGCAGUCUACUUCUGAAAAGAGUUAGCCAGUGAAAACCUUAUGAAUAGCAGUGGAACACUGUCUGAUACCGUGCCAAAAGAUGAGCCCCUCAGGUUGGAAGGCACUCAAAAGACUUCUGGGGAAAAGCUGCCUCCUCAAAGUAGAGUCGACCUUAAUGAUAUGGAUAGAAUCAAGCUUUAGGGACCUUCAUUUACUGAUGUGGCAUGACUCAAAGUGAAAAGAGACAGCUGCAAACAUCCAUUAAAAAUCAGAACCUGGACUGUAAGAAAUAGAAUUGAGGAAAAUUGGAGAUCGUCAAAAAUGGAUCACAUAAACAUCGAUAUCCUAUGCAUUAGUGAGCUGAAAUGGACUGGAAUUGGUCAUUUUGAAUUAAACAAUCAUAUGGUCUACUAUGCCAGGAACGACAACUUAAAGAGGAAUGGCAUUGCAUUCAUCGUCUCAAAGAACAUUCUUUUUGCUCUGUCCUAAAGUACAGUGCUGUCAAUGAUAGGAUAAUAUCCAUACGCCUACAAGGAAGACCAGUUAAUACGACUAUUAUUCAAAUUUACAAGCCAACCACUAAAGCCAAAGAUGAAGAAAUUGAAGAUUGUGACCAACUUCUGCAGUCUGAAAUUGAUCAAACAUACAAUCAGGAUGCACUGAUAAUUAUUGGUGAUUGGAAUGUGAAAGUUGGAGACAAAGAAGAAGGAUCCGUAGUUGGAAAAUAUGGCCUUGGUGAUAGAAACUAUGAUUGAAUUUUGCAAGACCAAUGACUUCUGCAUUGCAAAUACCUUUUUUCACCAACAUAAACAGCAACUAUACUCACGGACCUCGCCAAAUGGAAUACACAGGAAUCAAAUCAACUACAUUUGUGAAAAGAGAUGAUGGAAAGGUUCAAUAUUAUCAGUCAGAACAAGGCCAGGGGCUGACUGUGGAACAGACCAUUAGUUAUUCUUAUGCAAGUUCAAAUUAAUACUGAAGAAAAUUAGAACAAGUCCAUGACCCUGAGUAUAUUCCACCUGAAUUUAGAGAUCAUCAAGAAUAGAUUUGAUGCGUUGAACACUAAUAACCGAAGACCAGAUGAGUUGUGGAAUGACAUCAAGGACAUCAUACUUGAAGAAAGGAAGAGGUCGUUAAAAAGACAGGAAAGAAAAGACCUAAAUGGAUGUCAGAAGAGACUCUGAAACUUGCUGUUGAAUGUGAAGAAGCUAAAGCAAAAGGAAAAAAUGAUGAAGUAAAAGAGCUGAACGGCAGAUUUCAAAGAGCAGCUCAAGAAGACAAAGUAUUUUGAUGACCUGUGCUGAAACCUGGAGAUAGAAAACCAAAAGGGAAGAACACACUCAGCAUUUCUCAAGCUGAAAGAACUGAAGAAAAAAUUCAAGCCUCAAGGUGCAACAGUGAAGGAUUAGAUGAGGAAAACAUUAAAACAACGCAGGAAGUAUUGAAAGAAGAUGGAAGUAAUACACAGAGUCACUGUACCAAAAAGAAUUGGUCAGCGUUCAACCAUUUCAGGAGGUAACAUAUGAUUAGAAACCAAUGGAAGUGCUCACCCGUCUAUGCCAAGAAAUUUGGAAGACAGCUACCUGGCCAACUGACUGGAAGAGAUCCAUAUUUAUGCCCAUUCCCAAGAAAGGUGAUCCAACUGAAUGCAGAAAUUAUCAAACAAUAUCAUUAAUAUCACACACAAGCAAAAUUUUGGUGAAGAUCAUUCAAAAGUGGCUGCAGCACUAUAUUGACAGGGAACUGCUAGAAAUUCAAGCUGAAUUUAGAAGAGGACGUGGAACCAGGGAUAUCAUUGCUAAUGUCAGAUGGAUCCUGGCUGAAAGCAAAGAAUACUAGAAGGAUGUUUACCUGCGUUUUAUUGACUAUGCUAAAGCAUUUGGCUGUAUGGAUCAUACCAAGUUAUGGAUAACAUUGCGAAGGGUGGGAAUUCCAGAACAUUUAAUUAUGCUGAUGAGGAAUCUGUACAUGGAUCAAGAGGCAGUUGUUGGAACAGAACAAGGGGAUACUGCAAGGUCAGGAAAGGUGUGCGUCAGUUGUGUCCUUUCACCAUACCUAUUCAGUCUGUAUGUGAACAAAUAAUACAAGAAACUGGACUCUAUGAAAAAGAACAGGGCAUCUGGAUUGGAGGACGACUCAUUAACAACCUGCAAUAUGCAGAUGACACAACCUUCCUUGCUGAAAGUGAAGAAGACUUUGAAGCACUUACUGAUGAAGAUCAAAAACCACAGCCUUCAGUAUGGGUUACACCUCAACAUAAAGAAAACAAAAAUUCUCCCAACUGGACCAAUAAGCAACAUCAUGAUAAACGGAGAGGAGAUUGAGGUUUUCAAGGAUUUCAUUAUACUUGGAUCUACAGUCAACAACCAUGGAAGCAGCACUCAAGAAAUCAAAUGAUGUAUUACAUUGGGCAAAUCUGCUGCAAAGGACGUCUUUAAAGCUUUGGAAAGCAAAGAUGUCACAUUGAGGACUAAGGUUCACCUGACCCAAGCCAUGGUGUUUUCAGUCACCUCAUAUGCACUUGAAAGCUGGACAGUGAAUAAGGAAGACUGAAGAAGAAUUGAUGCCUUUGAAUUGUGGCAUUGGCAAAGAAUACUGAUUAUACCAUGGAAUUCCAAAAGAAUAAACAAAUCUAUCUUGGAAGAAGUACAACCAGAAUGGUCCUUAGAAGCAAGGACGGCGAGACUACGUGUCACAUACUUUGGACAUGUUAUCAGGAGGGAUCAGUUCCUGAAGAAGGACGUCAUGCUUGGUAAAGUAAAGGGUCAUGAAAAAAGGGGAAGACCCUCAAUGAGAUGGAUUGACACAGUGGCUGCAGCAGUGGGUUCAAAUAUAGCAACAACUGUGUGGAUGGCGCAGGACUGGGCAGUGUUUCGUUCUGCUGUGUAUAGGGUCACUAUGAGUAGGUACCGACUGUGCGGCACCUAACAACAACUUCUGUCUUCCUGGAAUGCUGGUUGAGCAGUGGUUAAGAGAUUGGCUGCUAACCAAAAAGUCUGGCAGUUCGAAUCCACCAUCCGCUUCUUGGAAACCCUAUGGGACAGUUCUACUCUGUCUCAUAGGGUUGCUAUGAGUUGGAAUCACCUCGGUGACAAUGGGUUUAACUGUCUUCCUAAAUGUAACCCGUUGCUGUUGAAUCAGUUCCUAAAUGUUGGCGGUUCAAACUCACCCAGUGGCACUGCAGAAGAAAGGAAGGCCUGAAGAUUUGCUCAUGUAAAGGUUGUUGUUGUUGGGUACUGUUGAGUUGAUUCCAACUCAUAGGGACCCAGUAGAACAGAGUAGAACUGUCCAUAGGGUUUCCAAGGCUGUAAUCUUCACAUAAGCAGAGUGCCACAUUUUUCCCGUGUGUUCCUGAAGUCACCUGCCACAUUGCCCAGUAAGGCCACACUGAUUUAAGGAGUGGGGGCCACUGGUCGCUAUGAUUCAAAAUCGACUCAAAGGCAGUGGGUUUUCCAUUUACUUCUGCAUAGAUUCUCUAUUGAUGUCUCUGAGUAGUGCAGUUAAUGCAUUCAGCUGCUAAUGAAAGGUUGGAGGUUCAAGUGUACCCAGAGGGGCCUUGGAAGAAAGGCCUGGUGUUGUACUUUCAAAAAAUCACCAUUGAAAACCCUGUAGAGCACAGUUUUACUCAGACAUGCCAUGAGUCAGGGUCAAUUUGGUGGCAGCUGGACCUUUAACUUCUCUAUUAAUUGGUUUUUCAAUUUCAGUAACUUCUCCCAACACCUCACUAGCUCGUGCUUCCAGGCCAAAAAUCAAACCCACUGCCAUUGUGUUGAUUCCAGCUCAUAGCAACCCUGUAGGACACAGUAGAACUCCCCUUAGGGUUUCCUAGGCUGUAAAUCUUCAUGGAAGCAGACUGCCACAUCUUUCUUCCACGGAGCAGGUGGGAGGUUUGAAACGCCGACCUUUCAGUUAGCAGCCAGGCAUUUAACCACUGUACCACCUGGGCUCCUAGCCCAUGCUUAAAAAUAUAUAUAUAUAUAUAAAUUCUCUUUAACAUUAUCUUAGGUACAUGUAACUGAGAAAGAAAAUCACUUGUAGAAAACCUUGUAAGUUGUCCUCUGAAGCCAAGCAUUAGUGGUUUUUGUUGGUAUGAUACCUUGAGAUGUUCUGUAACUCCUGCUUCCUCCUGCCCUCCACUUGCUCAAAUAAUUUUUUUUUUCUUGCAUUCUCUCUGAUGCAAAUGCAUUUGUAAAACUGUUUUGAGAGCUGGGACAUUUAUAAGUAUUUAUCUGCAAGGCUGCACCAACUUUCUUUAGGAAGGCUGAAAGCUGCCUGCCUGGGGCCAGAGCAACUCGCUGCAAAGUUACCAACAAAGAAGUAAAUAAGUCCGCCAGCUUCCUAGAGAAACAAGCCGGCACUCCAGUCUCCCGUUCAUUUAUUUUCAGGCCUCAUUAAUAUAACAUCACUGCAACAAACAGCUGACGGGGGAUGGUGUCAGGGUGAGUGAUGAACUUGCUCUGCUCAGAUAACAAUUAGGCUUGAACGCCCUAGCAGCUGAGACAGAGCUAGCACGCAUGCACGCCAGGAGGGAGAGCUGGCCCUGCCGAUGCCAUAGACCCCUGCAGAGCUCGUCAGCUGGGCCCCACCUGCCGUGAGGAGUACCCCCACCACACGCCCACACAGCACACACACACACACACACACACACGCAUCCCACAAAUUGGAAAAUACAGUUGGCUUUCUUGGACCCAGCAUCCAGGUGUCUUUGGGAGCCAGGAUGGGAUAGAAACUUGCAGGCAGGAAGUGGGCAUCACUGCCCUCUGAAGUCUGGAAAACACUGCGCAGCGGGGAAGGAGUAAUGCCCUGGAGAGCUUUAGCUGUCUGCACACCCUUGGCUUGUCCUCACUGCUGGCCCUGAUUAGGGGCUGCUUGGGGCAGGACCCUCCUGAAAGCCCAGUCUCAGUCACAGAAGCUUUCCCAACAAAGUGUGAUCAUCAGUGGGGGAACCCCUUCUUCGGCUGCUCUGGAAGACUGGGGUAUCCGUCUCUCCCAUCUUCUCUUCCAAAUACCCAGUCUAAGGUCCUGACAGGCUGCCGGUGGCAAGAUCUGCCAAGCCCGACCCCGUCUGAGAGGCUGACCUGGCUGUGCCAGCAAUCUCUGCACCAGCCACUUCCCCUGCGGGGGUCAGGCUGUCUGCCCCUGCCAGACAAAGCCUCCAUCUGCGUAAGAGACUUGUAAAAACGCAGCCACCUUUCCUCUGGACUUCAGGUAGCUUGACUCCUGUUCUGAUUUCUUAAUACUAACAGGAAAAAUAACAGCUAAUGUUGACUGAAUGAUCCCCUUGUACCUAGCACUGCAUUAUAACACCAGUUCGUACCAGUUGCUGGCUGUCAAGUGGACUGACUCAGGGCAAGCCCGUGUGUUUUCAGUGGAUGAUUUUUGGAAGUAGAUCACCAGGCCUUUCUUCUGAGGCACAUCUGGGUGGACUCAAACUUCCAGUCUUUUUGUUUGUAGCCAAGCACAUUAACUCUUUGCACCACCCAUGGUCUCCAGUACUGAACUUAGUACCUCGUCUCAUUUAGACCUCACUGCAACUUCUAUGAAGUAGGAGCUAUUUGUAUCAUUAGCCCUAUUGUACAGAUGUAGAAACUGAGGUGCUGUGAGAAGAGAGAGCUUUCUUGAAGUCACUUGGCAGUAAGUUUUGGAACCAGGGUUUAACCCUCAGCUGCUUGACUCUAGAGCCCACUCGUUUGACCACUGUAGUACCCUUCUUCUGUUCCCUGAGCUCACUCAGAACUCGAAAUCUCUAGGGCUAGAGGAAGAAAAAGCUAGCUGCAGAGAUGGGAAGGCCAGUAGUCCCCACUGCUGGCAUCAUCUGUGGAGCCUGGACAUGUGCAGGGAGAGAUGACGGGCAAAGCCAAGGGGAGAGCAGAUGUGCAGUGGAGCAGGGGCACAGAGAAGGGAGGAAUGGAAGAGCAGUUAAAAAAAAAAAACCAAACCCAUUGCCAUCGAGUCAAUUCCGACUCAUAGUGACCCUAAAGAACAGAGUAGAACUGCCUCAUAGUUUCCAAGGAGCGCCUAGUGGAUUCGAACUGCUGACCCUUUGGUUAGCAGCUGUAGCACUUAAGCACUACACCACCAGGGUUUCCAGGAAGAGCAGUUAAGAGAGAGGAAAUAGCAUAAGUACAGGCAGCAACCAGCAAAUCCGACUCCAGAGCUCCUUGGAAAGCAGCCAGAUAUAGCCUUCGUAAGGGAAAGGUGCUUGGGGUCCAGAGAGCAGGAUGGGGCAUGGGUUCCAUAUGGUGGAUAAUCCGGGACUCCUUCCCACGGAAGGAGGGUGAUCAGCUCAGGCUUGGGAGUUACUUAGACCUGGCUGCGUUCUGCACUCACUGUGCAAUUUGAGCAAGUUACUGAACCUCUCUGGGACUCUAUUCCCUCGUCUGUAAAAUGAAAAUGGUAAUAGUACCACCUUCAUAGCUUGUUUUGAGCCCUAAAUGGGAUAAAACAUGUAAAGCCAUUGGAACAAUGCCUGCCUCAUCAGAAGCACUUACUAAAUGAAGAAACGGUAACCGUUGUUACCAGAAUCUUUAAUAACCCGGACCUAACGCCCUGCUUCUGCCAUUUCUCCUGCUGUCUCUGUUGUUGUUGUGUGCUGUUGAGUCAAUUCCCAUUAAUAGCAACCCUAUAGGAUGGAGUAGAAUUGCCUCAUAGGAUUUCCUAGGCUAUAACCUUUAUAGGAGCAGACCAACAUGUUUCUUCUCCAGUGGAGGUGCUCGUGGGUUCAAACCAUGACCCUUUUGGUUAGCAACUGAGUGCUUAACCAUUAUCCCACCAGGGCUCCUUGCUGUCUCUAUGAAAACAAACAAAAAGAAAACCCAUUGCCCUCGAGUAGAUUCCAAUUCAUAGUGACCCUAUAGGAUAGAGUAGAGCUGCCCCAUAGGGUUUCCAAGGAGCGGCUGAUGGUUAGCAGCUGAGCUCUCAACCACUAUGCCACCAGGGCUGUCUCUAGUAACUAGGGGAUAUCUAGUGCAAACAAUUAUUGCACUCAGCUGCUAACCAAAAGGCUAGAGGUUUGAGUGCACCCAGAGGUGCCUUGGAAGGAAGGCCUGGAGAUCUGCUUCUAAAAACUCAGCCAUUGAAAACCCUAUGGAGCACAGUUCUACUCUUGAUACAUAUGGGGAUGCCAUGAGUCGAAUUCAAGUUUAUGGCAACUGGCUUUCUAGCCAGUGGAAGAGGGGAUCUCCAGGAUAGGAGCUGGGCUUUGUGAGGUUCCCCACCAAACUCCUCUGCCCCCUUAAACCUCUGCCCUAUAGGAGCCCCCCAGCUCUGCCCCUCCAAGGCUCUGCCCCCAUCCCUGCCUGAGUCUAAGCCCAGGAGUGGCCAGCCCAGCACAGCCUGCCAGCACGCUCCCCAGAUUGGCAAGCCCCGGGCUCUCCAGGGUCUCCCGCUCUGCCCCUCCUGCCACCUUUGGAUCUCCCCAGCUGUAAUUAAUCGGCAGCAUCUGCUCUCGCCCUUGGGCGGCUUUGUGGCACAGUUCCCUCCGAACUGUUCAAUUAGUGACUACAAAAAUCAGGCAAGUGUAGCGUCACGGCGGCUGUUUUCCAGGUCAGGGCACCCACAAAGGAAAACAAACAUGAUGGAGCUAGGCAGGGAUAGAGAUUCGGCUGGGGUGCCCCAGGCUCUGCAGGGCUCAGUCAGCAUGUGCUGGCGGCAGGUUGGGUCUGAAUAGUGGCGAACAUGGCUUCCCAAACCAGAAGUUCCAGCAAGCUUUGAGAGGACCCCAACAGAAGACAGGAGCCCCCCAGCUAUUCCGCUUCCAUUGGCAUAUGUGCUGUGGCCUCUGCAUUCCAGCCUUAUCCCAAUCCUGCUGGCCUGAUCAUCCUGGCUUCUGAUGAGCGGAUAAAGAAAGACAUGGCUGAGACUUGGACUAGUCACUUUAUUCAUGGGCAUGGUUGGUGACUGCCUCUGGGGCAGGGUUUUAGGGUUGCUGGACUGAGUCUUCUGCUCUGAAGUGUUUCCCAUAUUUCCUUCUGAACCCUACCAAUCCUUCUACGACCAGUUAAAAAGCCAGUGGUGGUUCAGUGGUAGAAUCUCGCCUUCUCUGCAGGAGAGCCAGGUGUGAUUCACAGCCAGGGCAUCUCAAGCUCAGCCACCACCCACCUGUCAGUGGAGGCUUGUGUGCUGCUGUGAUGCUGAACCAGUUUCAGUGGAGCUUCCAGACUAGGAAGAAAGGCCUGGCGAUCAAGCUCUGAAAAUCAGCCAAUGAAAACCCUAUGAACCGUAAUGGCUUGACCUGCAAAAGAUCAUGGGGAUGGCACAGAACCCAGCAGUGUUCAUUCCAUUGUGCAUGGGUCACCAUGAGUAAGGGAGCCAACUCCAUGGCAGCGAACAACGACAACCCUAAGGCAAGGUAAAAAUAUGACUUCAAGUCCCAUUAAGAUGUAAUUAUGGGUUUCUGUAGGAAGAAGAGAACAGCAGAGUGAAAAUGGGGAAAAGGACCUUAAGGAGGAAAAGAAAACAGAAUGUGGGAAAGAUGCCCAGGGCUUACCCACGUGCCCAGCUCUGCCAGGGGCAGCCUGGUUAAUGACAGGUAUGAUGAGGGAGGAGAAGCCAUCAGUAUAGGCAUUCCCUGCUACUCCUCGGCCAGGCCACGGCUCAAGCCACAAGCCUCGCUUGGGUCACUGUACUCUCCAGGGCUGCGGGGAAAUCCGAGAGUCCAAAGAAAAGCAUCCAAAAUGAUCAAAGGAUUUAGAAAAUAGGAACUUCUGAGAACAGGCUAACAACUGCAGAAGAGCAGGCCAGGGGUGACUUAAUUGCUGCCUUCAGUAUCUGAAAGAUGUUUGAUGGGGAAACUGCUGUUCAGUCCUCCAUUUGAUGAGAAAUGAAACCAGAAAUUGGCUUAAAUUAAAGCCAGGGAGCUGGCAGGAAAGACGUCUUGAUCUUGGUGUGAAGAUACCGCACGGCUCCCAGGCGACACUUGGGCACCUCCACUCUUCCAUUUAUCAGUAAAGAACACAAUUCAUUUCUAGAAUCUGGUUGAGACCAGCGUUUUCCAGUAACAGAGAAAUGGGGAUAUUUAUUGACGGUUGCUCAAUUCCAGCAGUGUACUAAGUAUUAGGUUGCUAAGCAAAAGUGAUACAGUCCUCGUCCCAAGACAGUUAUUGUCUGUGGGAGGGCGGAGCUAAGCAGCCACAGCCCGAUGUGGUGACCACUUUCUUUGAGGUGUCAAGCCAGGGCAGUGGGAACACAGGAACAGGUACCACUAAAUGCACCCAAGGGAGUAAGGGAAGGCCCCACUGAGGAGGUCUUUGGAGCAGGACCUUGCAAGAUGGGUUGGCAUUUGUUGUGGACAUGCUUGACUGGUAGCGGGAACCGCAUGUCACGGGAGCCCUGAAAUCUCUCAGGGAGCACAUGUAGUAGGUGAGAAGAGGGCUGGACCUGAGCUCUGGGGAGCCCCAAGUCAGGGAUGGUCCAAGGAGGAUGCAAGGGGGAGGUUAGCACAGAAUAUAGGGGAGCGCCUCAGUAGUCCCCCUUCACCGCUAGCCAGCAACAGCAGCUGCUCUGAGCUCUUCUGUCCCUCAUCCCCUCCUUUUGAGGUCCACAGAAGAGAACUUAGUUUCCGGGUCCACAGCAGAAUGUGUGUUGAAAAAUGUGGGGGUGAAAUUUAGUUAGUAUCUAGAGAUCUUCCCACAAAGAUCCCAUGUGUUACAGAGAAGAACUGCUCCACGGGGUUUCUUGUCUGUAAUCUCUAAGGAGCCCUGGUGGCAGAACAGUUAAGCGUUCAGCUGCUAGCCGAAAGGUCGGCAGUUCGAACCAGCCAGCUCCUGUAAAGAUUUACAACCUUGGAAACCCUAUGGGGCCACUCUACUAUGAGUCAGAAUCGACUUGACAGUUCACAACAACAGCCUUUACGGAAGCAAAUCUCCAGGACUUUCUUCUGCAUGCCACUAGAUGAGUUUGAACCACAAACCUUUAGGUUAACAACCAAUCUAAAACUGCUUGAAUGAAUGGCAGAGUUUUUUGGUUUAGAGCUCUUCCUAUCUGAUUUCAUAGAUUUUCUUCCCCUUCUCCCUCUCUCCACAUUCCUAAACACACACACACACACACACACACACACACACACAGAGUCCAAACUGUCAAACCAUUUGUUUGCGUGGGUGCCUCAUUCAGAAGUACUUUCCUGGAAGAAUUCAUUGAGUUCUUUGUGAAAUGCUGAACCCACCCCAGGAUGGCUAGUAUCCAGGAAAGGAGAAAUGGCAAGAAGGAAGGGAGAAAAGGAUGAAGACCAUGUUAGACAGGGCCAGUGUCUUCCCAAAUGUAUUCCAGAUGCAAGGGCGCUAAAAAAGCAAAAACCAAACCCACUGCCGUCGAGCCGAUUCCGACUCAUAGCAACCCUAUAGGACAGAGUAGAACUGCCCCACAGAGGUUCCAAGGAGCGCCUGGAGGAUUUGAACUGCCUACCUCUUGGUUAGUAGUUGUAGCACUUAACCACUACGCCACCAGGGUUUCCGUAAUGGUGCUGUCUGGCUCAAAAUAUGCUCCUGUGCAGUGCCUAGAAUCCACAAAGCCAGGCCCGCCCGAGCUCAGGCUGCAGAAACCCCCCAGGCACUCUCCCAUUAGCCCUUCAUCCCUUUGCACCACCAGUCUUCGAAGCUGAGAGUGCUCCCCUGCACUUGUUCUCCUUUCCAACACACAAAAAGAUCCCCAUUGUCUCUGAGCUCCCUACCAACUCCACUGUCCCCCGUUUGUGUGGUCUGGGAAGGUGCGUGGGGAAUGUGACUGUUGUUGGGUGCCAUUGAUUCAGUUCCAACUCAUAGUGACCCUAUCUACAACAGAACAAGACACUGCCCGGUCCUGCGCCAUCCUCACCGUCAUUGUUAUGUGAGAUGGAAUUACCGAUUAUCAAGAUCCACUCUCUAAACCUCUAUACGAGGGAAUUUCCAAAUGUUAUGUCACUUAAUCUUCAUGACACCCCUGUCAGGCAAGCAUUAUCAUCUGUCUUCAGAUGAGGACACUGAGAUUCAAGGUCACAGAGCUUGUAAGUGGCAAGCUGGAAUUCACAUUCAGGUCUGUCUGACUCUAAAAGCCUCUUCCUGCUGCAGACACUGCAGAGCAUUGGGUGGUCUCUCUUCCUGCAGACACUGCGGAGCAUUGGGUGGUCUCUCUUCCUGCAGACACUGCAGAGCAUUGGAUGGUCUCUCUUCCUGCAGACACUGCGGAGCAUUGGGUGGUCUCUCUUCCUGCAGACACUGCAGAGCAUUGGGUGGUCUCUCUUCCUGCAGACACUGCAGAGCAUUGGAUGGUCUCUCUUCCUGCAGACACUGCGGAGCGUUGGGUGGUCUCUCUUCCUGCAGACACUGCGGAGCGUUGGGUGGUCUCUCUUCCUGCAGACACUGCGGAGCAUUGGGUGGUCUCUCUUCCUGCAGACACUGCGGAGCAUUGGGUGGUCUCUCUUCCUGCAGACACUGCGGAGCAUUGGGUGGUCUCUCUUCCUGCAGACACUACGGAGCAUUGGGUGGUCUCUCUUCCUGCAGACACUGCGGAGCAUUGGAGAGUCUCUUUUCCCUGCCCCGCAGUAGCCAGCGGCACCACUAGUAAAACCAAUUGCCAUCGCGUUGACUCCAGCUCAUGGAGCCCCCAUAUGUAUGGCUCCGUGGCUGAUUUCUUGGGAGUAGAUUGCCAAGCCUUUCUUCUGAGAUGCCUCUGGGUGCACUUGAACUUCCAACCUUUGGUUAGCAGUCGAACAUGUUAAGCAUUUGCACUACACAGGGUCCCCAGUCAGCAACACAGGGCCACCUGAAACUGGAAGUCAAGACAUGUGGAUUCUGGCUUACAUUAUGCCAUUUUUAACUCUGUCACUGGGGGAUUCUGUAUAACUCUACCCUGCCCUUUCACCCUCUUCUCUGCUGGAAGUUAACUCUCCCCUCCCCUGCAACCCCACAACUCCUCCAAGGUCCUGAUCUGGAGCAUGCAGUAGCUGGGGUCUCAGCCAACUUGCCUCUUUAUAGACCCAUUUGGAGAGCCAAGUUUUGUGGAAUGCAGCCCUGGGGUCCUGCAAUCUAAUGCUGCUUUAAGAAGGAGCCUUGGGGGUAGAGGCUCCAGGGUGGGCUUGGUCUGAUGUGGCAUCCUGAAGGAUCCUGUUCUCUUCUGCCCUGAAGAAGAAAUCCUCUUCCACAAAGCCUCCCCUCUGCGGUCUCUCCCUGGUGCUUGGGCCUGGAGAGAAAUGAAGAAAGCAGGACACCUGGGUUCCCACCCCAGGCCACCACACAGACACCAAGCCCCCUAUACUCAUGAUCCUGGAGGGCCUCGGGCGGCAGGGGAUGUGUUCUACAGGGCACCUUCCUCAGCUGCUUUGCACUCAGCAUAGACCUCCACUCUGACCUGCCCUGAUUUUUCAACUGGGGAAGAACAAGCAAUAUGUCCAGAGGCACAGAGAUUUUAAAGGUGCACUGUGUGUAUGGGACUGCUAGCAUCUGUGGCGGGAAUCCCUGGGUGGUGAAAAUGGUUAAUGAUCUUGACUGUUAACUAAAAGGUUAGUGGUUUGAGCCCAUUCAGAGGCACCUUAAGAGAAAAGCCUGGUGACCUACUUCCAAAAAAUCAGCCAUCAAAAACCCUACAGAACAUUGUUCUACUCUGAGACACAUGAGGUCACCAUGAGUCGGAAUAGAUUGACAGCAGCUAGCUUAUAGCAUAUGGGUAGAACAUGGUAGAAUGGCCAGUGUGGCUGAAGAAGUAAAGCAGGUUCAGAGCAUGAAGGACCUCAAAUGCCAGGCUAGGAGUUACGGACUUUGGAUGGAUGGUGGUCAGAGCCAUUGAAGGUUUUUAGAGCAAGAGACCAGUGACCUGACUGAGCGUGUUCCUGAAGGUCAGCCUGGCAGCUUGGAGGGUCCCAGCUAGUGUGGAUGAGAGAAGAAGGAGCCCCCUGACACCUUCUCUGCAUCUGGAACCCAGAGGGGAGCACAGACUCAAAAGACACACUGGAAUAUGAACUGAUAGCCUUGGUGACCUGAUUUAUUACACAUGCUGGAUGAGGGAGAGGGAACAGUUGAAGAGGCUUGCAUGAUUCCUGGCUGAGCACACGUUGAUUUCAUUAACCUUGAAAGAGAAUCUGGGAGGAUAAUCAGGCUGGGGGUGGGAGGAGGAAAAUUAAGAGUUCAUUUUUAGACAUGGUGAAAUUUGAGGGACCUGAGGGACAUCCAUGUGCGAGUGGAGAUGUCCAGUAGCAAUUGGAUAUAUGGAUAUGGAGCUAAGGAGAGAGGUCUCAGCCAACAAUAUAGAUUUCCAAGUCACCAGUAAUGGAAGCCUGGGGAACCCUCUUGCAAAUCAAAUAAUCACACCUCAUCUAUGUUUUGGAAAUCCAGACUUUUACACAUCAGUUUUGCUUUAAGCAAGGAGACUUUAAGCUGUGCCUUUUGUGAGCCUCCCAGGCAUGGUGGCUUAGGCAAGGAGGCUUUAAACUGUGUCCUUUGUGAGCCCUCCAGGUGUGGUAGUUUAGGCAAGGAGUCUUUAAGCCAUGCCCUUUGUGAGCCCCCCAGGCAUGGUGGCUGCUUAGUGCCUUUCCCCUACAGUCCUUCGCCACCUGGCCCAGGUGCUGGAGGCAGAACACAUGGCAUCAAAUGAAUACUCCCAUAGACCCAGCGUUCCCCAAGUGCUUCCUAAGCCCUGAGGACCUGGCUUAAUGACCCCUGGUUUGGACUGUAGCAGCUGUUAGCUGGGUUAGAAGGGAUCAGGUUAGUAUCUCCUCACCCUGAACUACCUAUCUCUUUGACUUGUAUCCUCACACUGGGACUAUAACAUUUGUCAUAUUGUGGUGGUUUGUGUGUUGCUGUGAUGCUGGAAGCUAUGCCAGCAGUAUUUCAAAUACCAGCAGGAUCACCCACGGUGGACAGGUCUCAUAGAGCUUCUAGACUAGGAGAGUCCAUGAAGAAAGGCCUGGUAAUUUAUGUCCAAAAAUUAGCCAAUGAAUGACAACAGAACAUUGCCCAACUCAUUUGCUUUGGGCACGUUCAUCAGAAGGGAUCAGUUGGUGAUAUUUGGUGAAGCAGAAGGCCAGCAAGGACCAGGGAGACCCUCCACUGGCACAAUAGCCACAACAGUGGACUUGAACGUGCUGGCAAUUGUGAGGAUGACCCAGAACCAGGCAACAUUUUAGUCUGUUGUACAUAAGGUCACCAGGAGUCAGAGUCAACUCAGCAGCAGCUCUCUAAUAAUUUUUAAAAUGUAAGAAAUGAAAAAAAUAUAUAUCUUAUAUAUAUAUGAGAAAUGACUUCCAUUCUCAAAGCAGUAUUAGCUGACCUAGGCUUCUGAACAGCUCUGUGCUAACAAGCCAGCAUUACAGCACUCUGUGCCCAUGGCCCAGGCUCUGACACCAACCCUGAAUGUGGAAAGGGGAAUAAAUACUACCGUGACCUAGCAGCAGGAGGAAGCUACCCCGAGGACCCUGCCAGUGCCACUGACUGCCCACAGUGGAGUCUCCACAUGCUAUCAGCCAGACAGAAAUAUUUUUAGGCUUUCUAGAAAGAUUUCAUUUCACAGUUUUUCUGAAAGGUUCUAAUUAACUGCAGCGAGCCAAAGAAUGCAUUUUUAAAAAUAAAAGUGGGGGAAGGAGAGAGAACCAAUCACCACAGUUCUGUCAUUCCUUUUGGUAGGGGGAUACAUGCCAUCCAGGUGGCUGGGGGAGGGGAAGGAGGGACUGGGGAAACCUCAUUCCAAGUGGAUCAAAGGAGAAUGAGGAGCUAGAAGCACAUUCUCUCCUCAUGGUGCAGCCCCAUCCCCGCUUCUCAACAACAAAGGUUCAUCUCCCGGAGCCCGGGAGUCCCAGGGACCUAAAGGAAACCAUACCAGGGGAGAGUGGGACAGCCAAGAUCUAUUAUUGCUGGAUAUUUUUAGAGUCCCCAGAGGCAGAGAAGCUGUAGGGACUGCUGGUUCCUCAUGCCACUGGCUCCUUCCUCUCCAAGUUGUCCUUCCUCCCCCUACACCCACCCCCAACACUCAGAGAUGCCUCUGAGCCACCUGGACUAUCUCACCUUUGAGUUAUUUCAAGUAUCCUGCUUAUUUUUAUUCAUAAAGUGGGAUAUUUUGUUCCCAGGAAAGGGAGUCAGAGCACAGACAAGGUGGCAGGGUGAAACAGGAGCCCAGUCAAGAGUGUUCACAGCCUGGGCUGGCUGGGAGGGAAGGAGCCCGCACCAUUUAAGCCUACAGAGAGGACAGAAGGCCAGGAGCUCUGAGUUCUAGUCCUGACUCUGCAGCCCACUCACUGAGAGUCCAGCAAGGUGGGCAGCAAAUAGGCUGGGCAUGGAGGGAAGGAGAACCACCCCUGGUCCUCACCCCACUGUCACCUUCUUCUCUGUUCUCUGUCACCUGGAGACUUGUGGCCGAGUUUGUGGCAGGGCUCAUGGUGCCCACAUCAGAAGGGAAAAGUGUCCCUUGCAAGGGGAGGGGAGGUGGGGUGAAGGCUCCAGAGCCUUUGACAGCAUUUCCAUCUGUACUCACCUGUCACCUCUGCCCAGGGGUAGCUAACCCCCACCGCCCACAGGACCACCCCGUCAGCAUGUGCAGGGCUCGGGGGGGGGGCCUUCAAAAGUGUCCAAGGACGUGGAGGCUGCGGAUCUUCCCAGAGACCCCAUCAGGAGAUUCUGGUGGGCUCUUGAUCUUGGUCAAGGCCCUUUCUCUCCCCGUCCUUGCCUUUCUUAUGGUAUAUUCAGAAGAGUACUGAAUUUUUCACAACUGUGUGUACACAUUGUUCUUGGCCUUGGCUACAUCCCCAACUUGUCUAGGUCUCGUUCUUCUCACUGUAAAAUAAGGAUCUUGAGGGACGAUCCCCUGAGACCCUUUUAGUUUUGAAUUUCUGUAUUUUCUCUGCUGCCCAGGAUUGAACUCCCCUCAAAUUUCCCCUGCUUCAGAUACCUACGGACCACAAAGUAUGAGCUUAUUCUCUGAGAUCUGGGGGGUUCCAAAGAGUUGCAUUUCUCCAAGAACUUGAUUCCCAGAUAGAAGCUUACACCUGGGGGAACCUGGUUCUGCAGCUCCUUUUCCUGUUGGAUCAGAGCAGGAGACUGUGUCAGCAUUUGGUGACUGAAUUAUGGAAUGAAUAAGCAAAUGAUCCUUGCCAACAGAAAGCCAGAAAAGACUUGGAAAGUCCUAGUUAGUUCCUCUUGGUCCUCACAUGUAUCACAGGAUUUUUUUUCACAAAACAUCAAACACACUUUCCUUCUUUGAUCCACCCCUACAGUGAGACAUAAUCUUGGACUCCUCUGAGUUCCCACAGCUUUCUCCCUGUGUCUGUCUUAUCACUGUACUCCCUGGACCAGCGUUAUUUAUGUUCUCCCUGUAUCUCAUCAUACUCGACUGUGUGUCCCUUGAGGGCAAAUAUCUAGUUGUAUUCAUCACUGUGCCCCUACAGGGCUUAGCACUCAGGAGUGGCAAUGAUAACACCUCACAAUUACAAAGCCCUUUCUGGUUUACAGAAUGCUCCCAAACACAUCAUCUAUUUGGAGCUCACAAGUUCCCUGUGAAGUUGGUAGAGAUGAUUAUCCCACUUCAUAACUAAGAAGAACUGAGGUUCAGAGAGAGUGUGUGACUUGCCCACAGUCAGGUGGAAUCAGCUGAAUUCACUAAUUCAACUAUAGUGAAUUAGAGACACAUCUGAAACAAUGAUUUUCUGUCUCCAAGUCCUGUAUUCUUUCUGAUAAUUGGGUUGUUUUUAAUAAUCUAUUGUAAUGGAUGGAUAGAUGGGUGGGUGGAUGGGUGGUUGGAUGGAUAGGUGCAUGGGUGGAUGGGUGGAUAGGUGGGUGGAUGGAUGGAUGGGUGGAUGGGUGGAUGGAUGAGUGGAUGAAUGAGUGGAUGGAUGAGUGGAUGGAUGGAUGGAUGAGUGGAUGGAUGGAUGGAUGGAUGGAUGGAUGGAUGGAUGGAUGGAUGGA